AUGUUUUCUUUACAUGUUUAUAAUUCUAAUAAAAACAGCAUUUCAGAAAAUAAGUUAAAACAAGUCAAAAGUCAAAAGAAAAUCACUUCUAAAACAUUGAUUGCUGAUAUCGAAUCAUUAAAAAACGACCAAUUGUUUAAAUUACUUUCUAAUUCUCAAGAAGUUCCAUUGACGAAAGAAGAGCAGAAGUUUGAGAACGAUUUUGUUCAAGAAGAAACACGUCUCGACAAAACUAUCGAGCCCAGUUUGAUAAGAAAAAAAAUUGCACCACAAACGUGUGCCAUCAACAAAUCUGAGCUUGCUUCAAUCGUAAAGUACGAUCUGACUCAGAAACUUCACGAAUUUUAUCGUCAAUUAGACGAAACCGACGAAGAUCGUAAAGAAUCAUUUCAAAUUCUUCAAGACAUUCAAAGUGUAGGAGAAGAGCUUUCACGUCAAAAGAAAAAGUCGAAACACUGGGUGAAAAAAGAUUUGACAAAGCUUUUACCACUUGAUCCUUCUAAUCGUGCAAAUGUUUUCGAAGUUGCAUGUUCGGACGCUUGUUUGGAACUUACUCACGAAAAUUUAGCGAUUCUAGUUGUGUUCUGGAUUGAAGUGAAUAAAACUAGCACUCCAACAAAAUGUUUCGGCACGAUAUUCCGCGUUUAUAAAAAUCUUGAAAUCAAAUUGGCCAAAUUCAUUGAAGCGCCUUCAAUGAUUGGUUACUGUAGAUUAACUGAUAGAAGAUGUUUUAUUGAAAAUCAGUUAUGCCUUCUUGUAUUUUCAAAAGGCGCCGAAGUUUCGGCAUAUACUGUCAAGCCUGAUUGUAUUGAACAAAUCGAAGACGUAUUUGAGUGGUUUCCAUCAUUGGCUCUCACCAAAUUACCUGGAGGCGCUGUCAAUUCAUCAUGUCGCAUCAGUGGUGGAUACAGAUUUAGUGCCGUCGGCUUGGAUACUGGAAUUCUCAUCGUAUCCGUGUGUGUUUUUGAAGGAAAUGUUAUUCUCGACAGUAUUCGCUUGAAAUUUGGUUUUCCCAUGACAGUUGUCGAGUUUUUGCCUGAAAUCGCCCCAAACGUUCAACGCAUUUUAUUGUCCUCUUAUAUGGGUCCUGCAGCGAUAUGGAGAAUUCAUUUCGAGAAUGACAAACUUCGAUACGAACCUGAAUCAAUUUUAGAUGAUUCUCAGUAUCACGAUUCGGUACUCUGCGCUUGUAUAUAUAGAUUUUACCAUGGCGCUCCACCUUGGAUUUUGCUUGGAACAUAUUCAGGGAAAAUUCUACGAUACAAGUUGCCAAUGCCUACGACCAAUGUUCGGAAAACAGAACGAUAUCUUAAAAUGAUUGGUACACCUUUUAUGGCACUGAAGAAUAAACCAAUUUAUUCUAUAAAGCAAUCCGGACUGAAUGAGAUAAGUGUAACAACUCCAUUUGGAAUGACAGUUCUUCGCGAGGAUAUCAAUGGAUUUUCUACAUCACCAUUCGUAAAAGCCCUUGAAAACUAUCAGUGGAAAAUCUUGAGAAAAAACAAAAAGAAACGAGCUGAUUUCGAUUUGAAAAUGGUGCAAAGAAUCUCUAUGGAAUCAGAUUCAUUAGAAUGCCGUCCACGGGCGGGAUCCACAGUUUCAAGUAUAACAAAUCGAACUCUCGAGGAGGAAUUGAUAGCGACACGACGUCGUAUGACGAUGCCUAGUUACACUCAAGGCCGCCCAUCACCACUGAUGUCGGCGAAUAAUUCGUCCUCAAAGCUGAAGCAACUCGAUUUGAAUACGGCUGAAAUUUUUUACCAAGACGGACCAAACGAGCCUGGAUUGGAAAUGAGGAGCCCGACUAAAUCAGCACAGACAUCGUCGCCUAGAAUGGGACCAAUUCAAGAAGCAGGAACGUCGUCCCCGAAUCCUACCGAAUCACGAAGGCUAAAUAUUUUCCGAUUUGCUAGUAAAAAGUCGCUAAGUCAAUCCGAUCAGCCUCUUGGUCGAGUGUUCAAAUAA